AUGGCUGCGAACGCAAAGGUCUCAUUGAAGGAGCAGAAAGCUACUCAGAAAACUCAACCUUCAUCUGGUCUCCCGGCUCGUGGGAUAGGUACUGCUCAAAAUAGCUCGGCAACGCGUCAGGUCCCAAGGCCGCAACAUGAUGUCUACGGUACUGACGUAGAGAGCCUCGACACCUCGGUGGAGGCUUCCUUGGUCAAGGAAGAGAAAAACCAGGCUGAUGGCCCUAAACCUGAGCAGCAAAACCUGGCUGCCGACCUUGAGGAAGCUUCAGGUAUUGAUGAAGAUGGCUAUGAGGGGCAAGAGGCAGACGAAGAAGAGCCAAAUCAAUUCGGUGCGAAAGAGAUUGAGAUUUUACAAAGGGAAAAUUUGAUGAAUUACACGUACGCAGAGCAAGUGAAGUUUCUCCAAUCUGUGGGCAUUCGGCAAGGCUUCCGAACCCUGGAAGGAGACUCGUAUCCUUCCACUACGGACGGACAGCCUACCCAGUGGGAAGAUCAAGUGGUUUCAUCCGAAGACUACGCUCAUGAAGAGCCUGUCGUGCCGGCUCAUACAAGCGUAAAAACCCAAGUCAUGCGUCCCAUUGCUCAACAUCCUCGGCACUACGGACAGCUCUCAAACACCGUCGGAGUCACACAAAAGUCGCCAGGUAUCUUUCAACAGGGAUCCCACCUGCGUGCUCAGCAACGCACUGCUCCACAGAGCAGCCAACGUGUUGUAUCCAAUGUACAACAAAAUGUCGGUCCUUUAUUCUCUAACCAGCCGCCUACCUACACCCAAGCGAAUGUCGGGCCAUCAUCCGCUAUCCCUAUACAUCUCAACAGCAGACCGGCUGCAUACGGUCAGGCCACCCAGAUCUUUCAACCAAUGCAGCGAGCCAUUUCCAACCCUCCCCGUAUGCAGCUCCCUAGAGUGAAGCCGAUGGAGCUGGAUGCACCUGCUAAUGGCAGAGCAGGGCCAGGGAGUCUCCGUCGGCCCUACGAAGACGAUCUGGUAGGCGAACCCUCUAUUCGACCCAAUGAUGAUUACGGUCACAAGGCGCUCCUUAGUAUGAGCUACGAGGAUUUGAAGAAAGAAAGUUUCGACCUGGAUCCACGUGCUGAGGCUGCGGUGCUCAGCGAUGACGUUCUGCAGAAACCAUUGACGGAGCGUUUGGAGUAUGUGCAUAAAAACCUGGACGCAGAGAAACAAGCCAAGUUCUUCUCCUCGCUACCAACGACUGAAUGGGAGGAUGCAGGCGAUUGGUUCCUAGACCAAUUCCAGAGCAUUAUCCAGAGAAUGAAGGAAGCAAGACAGACGAAACGAAAAUUAGCACAAGGAUUUGAGGAGGAGGUUGAAAACCGCUACUCGCAUGUCUCGAAGAAGCAGCAGCAAGUGGAAGCUGCAAUGGAUAAGAUGAAGCAACAAGGCGAAAGUCUUGUACCCAAGAGUCCCCUGAGCUCCAAGAGCCCGCGCCCUAAGAAACGUUGA